AUGGCAAUACAAAGAAGGUUAGCUACAGUUGACAGACUAGCAAAAUGGGGAAUUCAGGUGAACCAUUCUUGUGUACUGUGUGGAGGUGACAUAGAAGAGACACAUGAUCACUUGUAUUUCGAGUGUCCAUAUUCACAGAGCUUAUGGAAGGGGUUGCUUGAACGGUUAAGUUACAAGAGAAGGGUUGAAAUCUGGGAAGCUGAGGUACAAUGGUUAACUGCCAAUGUAAAUAACAGAAAUCCAAGGAAAAAUGUGCUACGAGUGGUGUUUGCAGCAGUAGUAUAUCAUAUCUGGAUGGAGAGAAAUGCAAGACGAUUCCAUAACCAGAGCAAAGAGAUUCAGGAUAGAGCAAAAGAAAUUGUUUUGCAG